AUGCAUCCUAGGAAAACUAGUGGUAAAGGGCCCUCCACUCCCAUGCACAUUGCCCAGCAACCUCCACGGCUUCUCAUUGUGCACAUUGCUCUGCCAUCCUGGGCUGACAUCUGCUCCAACCUGUGUGAGGCACUGCAGAACUUUUUCUCUCUAGCCUGCAGCUUGGUGGGCCCCAGCCGUAUGUCUUUAUUCAGUUUAUACAUGGUGCAAAAUCAGCACGAGUGCAUCCUCCCUUUUGUGCAAGUAAAAGGGAACUUUACUAGAUUGCAGGCCUGCAUCUCAGAGCUCCGCAUGCUACAGAGAGAGGGCUGUUUCAGAACACAAAGCACUUCUCUCCGGCUGGCAGUAGAGGAUGGGCUCCAGCAGUUCAAACAAUACAUCAGACAUGUGACCACGAGUGCAGCUCUGACCUACACUUCCCUGGAGAUUACUGUUCUGACUUCUCAGCCUGGAAAAGAGGUGGUCAAACAAUUGGAGGAAGGGUUAAAAGACACAGACCUAGUCAGAGUCAGGAGGCUUCAGGUUGUUGAAGUCACAAAGGGAAUCCUAGAGCAUAUGGCCUCAGCAUCUCCUGCUGAAGAUUCCAGCAAUGACGAGAGUUCUAGCCUGGGAACUGAAAUUGACCUUCAGACUAUAGACAAUGAUACCAUCAGCAUGGAGAUUUUCUUCAAAGCCUGGCUGCAUAACAGUGGAACAGACCAAGAACAUCUCCAUCUUCUUCUUCCUUCACGAGGUUUCAACAACAUUUCCAGAGCCACAGAUAAUCCAAUGUGCCUGAAAUGUGAUCUCCAAGAACGAAUGCUCAGCCCUUCACUCCUCCCUGGCACAGCUGAUGGCACUUUGAGAAUGGAUGACCCCAAAGGAGACUUCAGCACACUCUACCAGAUGGCUUCCCAGUCCUCAGCCUCUCGUUACAAGCUCCAAGUGAUCAAGGCUCUAAAAUCUAGCGGGGUCUGUGAGUCAUUGACUUAUGGACUCCCGUUCAUCCUCAGACCCACAAGCUGUUGGCAGCUGGACUGGGAUGAGCUAGAAACAAAUCAGCAACAUUUCCAUGCUUUGUGUCACAGCCUAUUGAAAAGAGAAUGGUUGCUUUUGGCCAAAGGGGAGCCCCUGAGCCCAGGAUACAGCCAGAGAACCUCUGCCAGCACCUUCUAUGUGAUCAUGCCAUCAUGCUCCCUCACACUGCUGGUGAAGGCAGUGGCUACACGGGAACUGAUACUGCCCAACCCUUUCCCGCUGCUAUCUGAGGACCCACCUGAUGACAGCCUCAAGAUUGUGGAGAGCCUGCUGGACAGCCUGGAACUGGAACCCACCUACAACCCCUUGCAGGUUUGGAGCCACCUCUAUUCACAUCUGAGUAGCACCUUUGUCAAGCCUCAGCAGCGGCUCCACCCAAGCUGGGAGAGCAGAGCCCAAAGAAAGCAUCCUUGCAAUGGUGGGCAGCUGCAGACCAAUCGAGUUCGAGCCACAGUGACCCCCCUGCCUAUGACUUCCGCCCCAGGAAGAGCCACAAAGAUGCCAGCAGCCAGCAAAGCUUUCUCAGGACUUUUCCUGCCUUCCGAACAGGGGAAGUAUCACUCAGGGCCCUAAGUCACCAGCACCAGAGCCCAGCUACACUGCUUAAUCAUAUCUAUGC